UGGCGUUUCUGUUAAUUGGUACGUCCGGUGCCCUCUUACAUCAUUCUUCACAGAUAACGCUCAGUAUGAACUGCUAUCUGCAGUUUGACUGUCCAGGCACUGGAUUUAAGAGCUGUGGUACCGAACCGCACAGUUCAGUAGCUAACGCAGUUCAGUCGCAGAGAGUGGCCCGAAUAUUGAAUGAAAAUUCUAAGAGAAACAGGAAUACGAGACACCGCAAAAAAUGCUGCCGCCGACGUACGUUCCUGGUUUCCACGACGAGGCCGCCGUGAAGGCGAUGCGCUAUAAUGACCUCGGCACGACGGGUCUCAAAGUGUCCCACCUGGGUCUGGGUGCUGGCCCGCUGGGUUGUUAUGGAGACUACCCCGAAGAAGAGGGAAUUGCAGCAGUGCGGGAGGCGGUCCGGCAGGGCAUCAACUACAUUGACACGGCACCCCUGUACGGCAAGUCCGAAGAAGUUCUCGGCAAGGCCCUGAAGGGCAUCCCGCGGCAGGCGUACUAUGUCGCCACCAAGGUCUCGCGCUAUGCGCAGUGGGAACCGCGCACUAUGUUCGACUUCUCUGCAAAGAGGACAAGGGAGAGCUUUGCGAAGAGCCUCGAGCUGCUGCAGCUGGACUACGUGGACAUCAUACAGGUGCACGAUGUGGAUUUCGCUAUAAACCCAGACAUACUUAUCCAGGAGACACUUCCGGCACUGCAGGAGAUUGUGGCAGCGGGCAAGGCGAGGUUCAUCGGUAUCACGGGGUACCAUCUGGAGCCACUCCGCGAGAUCAUCGAGAAGAGCACAAGUGUGAAAGUGCACACGAUACUGUCGUUCACGAGAGACACGCUCAUAGAUGACACGCUGCAGCGGCACCUUCCGUUCUUCAAGGAGAAGGGCGUGGGCGUGAUCUGCGCUGCAGGUGUGGCAAUGGGUCUCCUGAGCAGUUCGGGGCCGCAGCCGUGGCACCCGGCGCCCCAGGAGCUGAAGGACGUGUGCCGAGCAGCGGCCGACUACUGCAAGGAGAGGGGAGUGGAGCUCGCACGGCUGGCGGUGCACCACGCCUUGACGCGUGAGGGGCAGGCGACGCACCUCGUCGGUGUCAACAGUGUGCGAGAGCUGCAGUCCAACCUGCAGAUCCUGCGCGAUGGGCUGACUCCCGCGGAGAAAGAGGUGCUGCGUGACAUCCAGCAGAAGUUCUUCGCCAAGAUGCCGGUGUGCCACUGGGAAGGCCUGCAGCUGCCGAAGCUGAAGGAGGAAUGGCGCAAGUUGGGGAUGCUCUGACCUGUGUUUUAUUUACUUCCCCCUUUCCUUUGAAAUUAAUAUUCACUCAUUCUGUAAUUCGUUUUCACUCAGGUGUGUACAUGAAUUCAAAUGUCAAUUACAAAAUUCAUAUAGAAUAAAACUGUCUAUUAAUUUUCAUAAUAAAUAAAUAAAUAAAUA